AUGGGUGAUGCAGAUGCAGUGGAGUCAUUGAUGGAGGGAGAUCCAGUCACUCUACACACUUGUCAUGUUAAAGUGAUGGAUAAUGAUCGGAUUCAGUGGUGUUUUGAAAAUGAAGCCUCUUUAAUAGCUGAAAUGAACGUAACAGCCAACAGUGUCACUGUAAAUGAUAAUUAUGACCGUAGAUUCAGGGGCAGACUGGAGGUGAAUCGUCAAACUGGAUGUCUAACCAUCACAAACAUCAGAACUGAACAUGCUGGACUUUUCUCAAUUAAAAGAACAUUUAAAAAUACUAAGGGAUUCAGCCUGUCUUAUUUCAUUCGUCUGCCUGUUCCUGUCAUCAGCAGUAACUCUACAAACUGUUCAUCAUCAUCAUCAUCAUCAUCAUAUUGUUCAUUGGUGUGUUCAGUGUUGAAUGUGAGUCAUGUGACUCUCUCCUGGUACAAAGGAAACAGUUUAUUGUCCAGGAUCAGUGUGUCUGAUCGCAGCAUCAGUCUCUCUCUACCUCUGGAGGUGGAAUAUCAGGAUAAAAUCACCUACAGCUGUGUGCUCAACAAUUCCAUCAUCAACCAGACUCAACAUCUGGACAUCAGUCAACUCUGUCACACAUGUUCAGACUCUGUCCACUGUUGUGGUUCUACUGGAGCUGUGAUCCGAUUGGUCCUCUCUGCUCUGGUGGGCGUGGCUACUGUCAUUUUUCUGGUUCAUGACUUCAGAUCCAGAAGAGCUGAACAAGAUCAUGCACGUAUUCCCUCGCCACAAACCUAAAUUAUGAUGUAAUUUUUUCUACAACAAUUUUGUUUAUCAUUGAUUAUUCUUUUGUAUUAUGCUUUUGAUGUUCAUUUAUUAGCAAAUCAUUUUCACUCUAAAAGAUUAUUAAUAAAGUAACAUUCACAUAUAUGCUCAGCAUUACAAAAGUGAAUGUUAUGAUAAAUACCAUGAUUCAUCAAUAUUACAAUGCCUUUUUAAACUUUUUUUUUUUACAAUCUUAAUUUUGUUACAAUGUUAGCUUUCAUAUUUUCUGGGGCUGUAAAAAACUUUAAAAUGCACCUGUCUUGUAGUUUUGAGUCACAC